AUGCCGGUCCCAAAAAUCGCGAUCAUCGGAGCUGGGCCUGGUGGAUGUAUCCUCGCCCGUCUUCUACAUACGCAUGGCAUCUCAUGCACCAUCUUCGAGGGCGAAACAUCCAUCGAUUACCGCUCACAAGGCGGCACUCUCGAUCUCAGGGCAAAGACCGGUCUGCGCGCCAUCAAGCAAGCAGGGCUAUGGGAAGAGUUCCAGGAAUACGCUAGAUACGAUGGCGAGAGCUUGCUCAUCACCGACAAGAACCUGACAACGUGGAUGCGGCGAAGUCCUGGCAAGCCUGAUCAGGGCAAUUCGUUCCAAUCAGCACCCGAAAUCGACCGGUGCGAUCUCAGAAAGAUUCUGCUGGAAAGCGUACCGAAAGAGACCAUACGAUGGGGCAUGAAAUUGGCGCGUGUACAACAAACGAACACCGGCCAUGAAUUACAUUUCUCGAAUGGCGAGGUUGAGCGCGGACACGACCUCAUAGUGGGCUGCGAUGGAGCAUGGAGUAAGACGCGAACACUCCUCACACAAGAAGCACCACACUACACUGGUCUAGCAGGCUGGACGAUGCAGAUCCCAAACGCGAAGACUACAGCUCCCGACGUCUAUAAGCUCGUCAAUCGAGGCAGUGUACUCGCCUACAGCGAUGGAAAGAGCAUUGCCCUGCAGCAGCUAUCCUCUGGAGAUAUAUGGAUUUCGACCUAUGCUCAGCAACCGGAGCGAUUGCCCAGGCUCGCAAAUGCCGAGAAUACGGACACAUCUGCGAUGAAGAAGGAGUUGGCAGAACAGUUUCAUGAUUGGGUACCUGAGCUUCGAGGCGCUUUCGAUAAGGUACAAGGGGAUGCUGUGCAGAGGCAGCUAUACAUGCUGCCGACUGACUUCACUUGGACUCACAAGAUAGGCGUUACACUGCUCGGCGACGCGGCACAUCUCAUGACGCCGUUCAGCGGAAUCGGCGUCAACACGGCGUUUCACGAUGCUUUGAUUCUCUCGCACCAGAUCGUCAACUGUGUGUCGUCUGGAAUGGUGGGAAACCUCGACAACUUUGUUGUCGAAUACGAAGAGCAAAUGUUUGUCAAUGCACACAAGGCGAUGGUCCAGACUGAAGGUUCGAUGAACGACAUGUUGUUCACGCCUGGCGCGCCACGGACGAGCAUCUCAUCCUACAUAUGCAGGUUUGCGAAGGCAGAUCUCCCGCCCUGGCUACAUCCAAUUGUCACAUUGCUUGUGUAUGCUGGGUUCUGGGUCUACAAGUGGUUUGUGUAA